AUGGCUGCUCGUCGAACAAUCCAUUUUACUGUUGUUCUGCGCAUUCUUCACUAUGUCAAGGAAACGUUAGGGCAUGGUCUUCAAUGCUUUUCUGAAUCUUCCCUUGUGUUAUCUGGCUAUUCUGAUGUCGAUUGGGCUGGGGAUCCCAUUGAUCGACGAUCUACCACAGGUUACUGUUUCUACUUAGGUUAUUCUCUCAUUUCAUGGCGUAGUAAGAAACAAAGUGUUGUCUCACGUUCCAGUACUGAAUCUGAAUAUCGCGCUCUUGUUGACGCUACCGCUGAACUACUAUGGCUUUGUUGGCUCCUUGCUGAUAUGGGUGCCCCUCAACAGGGUCCCACCCUCCUCCAUUGA